UGCAGCAGGAGCUGCCAGCCCGCACCAACGGCUCGGUGCCCACUGCCCCGGCGCUCGCCCGCGACGCCCUCCACACCAAGAUGGAGCAGCUGGAGGAGCAGCUCCUCUCCAAGAUCCUGACCCUGCAGAAGGAGCGCCAGGCCGCCAGCACCGACCGCAGCCAGCAGCAGCACGACAUCGAGAAGGAGCUGAAUUCCCUCCAGAACCGGGUGACAGAGCUGGAGCAUGGACCACCGGGCUACAGCCCUCCUGACGCUUUCAAGGUGACCAUCCCGGUGCAGAACAACUACAUGUACGCCCGUGUGAAGAAGAGCCUGCCGGAGCUCUACGCCUUCACCAUCUGCAUGUGGCUGAAGUCCAAGGCCCUGGCAGGGCUCGGCACUCCUUUCUCCUACUCCGUCCCAAGCCAAGCCAACGAGAUCGUGCUGCUGGAAUGGGGCACCAACCCCCUUGAGCUGCUCAUCAAUGACAAGGUCGCUCAGCUGCCGCUGAACCUGAAGGACAAGGCCUGGCACCACAUCUGCGUGGCGUGGACCACCCGGGACGGCAAGUGGUCGGCGUACCAGGACGGCGAGCAGCGGGGCGCUGGCGAGAACCUGGCCUCCUGGCACGCCAUCAAGCCCCAGGGCGUCAUCAUCCUGGGCCAGGAGCAGGACACGCUGGGUGGCCGCUUUGACGCCACGCAGGCCUUCGUCGGGGAGCUGGCGCAAUUCAGCGUGUGGGAUCACAUGCUGGCGCCGGCGGAGAUCCUGGGCUUGGCCAACUGCACCUCGCACCUCCAAGGCAAUGUGAUCCAGUGGGAUGACCAGGCGGUGGAGGUCUUCGGGGGUGCCAGCAAGGGGGGCUUCACCGCCUGCGAGGAAGGGAGGAAGGCAUGA